AUGGGAGGCUAUUACGAGAGACUCGUAGGCAUAGUAAAAAAAGUGUUUCGAAAAACGUUAGGCCGAAGACUUUUAACACUUAUUCAGUUGCAAACAUUAGUGAAAGAAGCGGAAGCGGUCGUGAACUCAAGACCUUUUGUCUACGUAGGUGAUGACGUAAAUUCCAGCAUCACAUUAACGCCUAGUCAUUUUUUAACAUUAAACCCAAGUACAGGUAUUCCGGAAUUGGAAGCAGAUGACAUGGAUUCUGAUUUUUUAGCUUGUUAUAGUUCAAGUGAUCGUCUUCUAGAAAUUUGGAAAAAGGGUCAGAAAUUGAUUAACAUGUUCUGGCAAAUUUGGCGCAACGAUUACCUGUUGAGUCUUCGGGAAAGGACUCAAACACAAUUAAAAACUGGGAGAAUUCAAUCUUCUGAUCAACCAAGUAUAGGCGACAUAGUGUUGCUAAAAGAGGAUUUGCCUAGAGGAAGUUGGAAGUUAGGAAAAAUAGUGAAUUUAAUUCAAAGCCGUGACGGUAAAAUUAGAUCAGCAAAAGUUAAAGUUUCUUCAGGAAAAGUGCUUGGGCGUCCCCUUAAGCUACUUUUUCCUAUUGAGACGUCAUCUAGUGCUGGUGAAACAUAUUUUCAUAGUGAUAAAUGUGGUACUACAGAUGAAGCUGGAAAGACAUUAAGGACACCCCGAACAGCAGCGGAAAGUGCUAGACAAAAAAUAAAGGACCAACUGUCAUAA